UGCCCGUGCCGGUGCCCUCCCGACGUGCCCGUUUUUUCUGCAUCCCGGGGGUGGCUCGGGGGUGGCACGGGGAUCCCCCCCGAAGUGGGGUGUCACCCCAGCCGUGCCCGCGGGUGUAGCCGGGGCCAGCCCGGGCUGUGCCCCCCACGCCCGGCCCCCGCGGGGCUGGCCGCCGGUGCCAGCCGGGCUGCCCAGCCCCGGUAUCGGAUCCUCCCGGAGGGAGGGGGCUUGCAGCUUAUUUAACGGGCCCCGCCGGGCCGGGCGGGCGCACUCGGAGCACGGGGAGCUCAGCCGCAGCCAUGGGAUCGCAGCUGGAAGGGGCCAUGGAGACCCUGAUCAAUGUGUUCCACCACUACUCGGGCAAGGAGGGGGACAAGUACAAGCUGAGCAAGAAGGAGCUCAAGGAGCUGCUGCAGAGCGAGCUGGGAUGUUUCCUGGAGACCCAAAAGGACGCGGGGGCCGUGGAGAAGAUCAUGCAGGACCUGGAUGAGAACGGCGACGGGGAGGUGGAUUUCCAGGAAUUCGUGGUCCUGGUGGCCGCCCUGACCGUGGCCUGCAACAACUUCUUCUGGGAGAACGCCUGACCCCCCUCCUGCCGCAGCAGGACGUGGGCUCCCAAAAUCCAGAGCCCCCCGCCACCCCCCGGCUCACCCCCUCAGCAUUCCCAGGGGAUCCCGCUGGGAUCCAGCUGCACAAUAAAGGCACGAGCCUGCCCGA